AAAACGUAAUUCAAUAGUUGUUUUUGAAAAAAAUAUUUAUCCAAUAUCUAUGAAGCACGGACCUAGACACGGAUACGUCGAGACCGAUAAUAAUUUAAGAAAAUGACAUAAUUCAAUGUAAUCAUAUAUGUCGGUGUCGGACGUAAUAUGUAUCUGGCAUCGAGACACACCUAAUCCGUGGAGUAUCUGUACUUCAUAGUCCCUUCAUAGUCCAGUAUGAUGUCAUUGAGUGAAGGUAAUUAUUAGUACAACUCUUUGGAUGUAAUGUAAUCCAUCAUCUGAUCCAACUUUGGAACAACUACAUUUGACUUAUUAGAUAUUUUUGCAUAUAUUUCAUCCAAGAGAGAGUGGCCUCUUCUCUUGUGUAUGUUCAUUCUUUUCAACCAAUUCCACUUAACAAAUUCCAUAGUUUUCUUCCUUGUAAAUCCUACAAGGUAGGAACUAAAACAUGGGAACACAACAUUGGUUUUUUUCGAAUGUUGUUUAUGUUCUGUCCAUCUCCAUCCUCUUGGUCAUGUCCAAACUGUGUUUGUGUGAUAUUCAAUAUAUUGGCACAAUCUCACCAGGGAUGGAAGGUUCUCAAACAAAUUUCAUCGACAAAGACUUCAAGUUCCUCCUCUCAAAGAAUAGAGUUUUUGCUUUUGGUUUUGUUGCUGCCGUCAAUGACACCACCAAGUUUUUACUGGCAAUCGUCCACACGGCUAGCUCCACCGUGCUUUGGGCUGCUAAUAGAGCAUUACCUGUUUCCAAUUACGAUAGUUUCGUGUUUGAUAAAAAUGGAAAUGCCUUUUUGGAGAAAGAUGGAAUUGUGAUCUGGUCUACAAACACAAUUAGCAAAGCAAUGGAAUUGCAAGACAAUGGAAAUUUGGUUUUGCUUGGUAACGACGACAAUGAUACGGUAAUUUGGCAAAGUUUUAGUUAUCCAACUGAUACUUUGAUGCCUUCGCAGGAAUUCAAAGAGGGAAUGAAACUUACCAGUGAACCUAGUCCAAAUAACUUGACCUAUGUUCUUGAGAUCAAAUCAGGUAAUGUUAUUCUUUCAGCUGGUUACAAAACUCCACAAACAUAUUGGACUAUGCAGAAGGAUAACCGUAAAAUAAUAGAUAAGGUCGGCCAUGUUGUGGCGUUUGCAAAUCUCAGUGACAAUUCUUGGAGGUUCUAUGAUAACAAUAAGUCUUUGUUAUGGCAAUUCAUUUUCUCUGCUGAUGGAGGCAUAAAUGGAAGUUGGAUUGCAGUUUUGGGAAGGGAUGGUGUCAUUACUUUCUCGAAUCUCAACGGUGGUGGAUCAAACGGUGAUUCUUCAACAAGAAUACCACAAGAUUAUUGUGGUACACCAGAACCUUGUGAUCCCUACAAUAUAUGCGCAAACAAACGUACGUGUAGCUGUCCUCAUGUUCUUCUUCCUAGUUGUAAACCAGGUUUUGUCUCUCCUUGUGAUGAUGAUAAAUCAAAAAAGUCUAUAGAAUUUCUGAAAGCUGAUGAUGGACUUGGCUACUUUGCGCUUGAUUUUCUUCAUCCCUAUUUGAAUACCGAUUUGGCUGGUUGUCAGACAUCUUGCCGUCGAAAUUGCUCUUGUCUUGCAAUGUUCUACCAUACAAGUUCAGGGAACUGUUUCUUAUUGGAUAGCAUCGGAAGUUUUCAGAAAUCUGAUGACGCUGAUUCUGGUUAUGUUUCUUACAUUAAGGUCUCAAGUGAUGGAAGUGGAAGCAGCAAUAAGGACAUCAUAGUUGUUGUAGUCGUUGUCAUAUUAUCAACUCUGCUUGUUCUGCUCUUUGCGGGUGUUCUAUACUGCAGAAAAAAGAAAAAGUUUGCUCCAGAGAAUUCAGAAGAAGACAAUUUCUUGGAGAAUUUAACCGGUAUGCCAAUCCGUUUCCGCUAUAAAGAUCUUGAAGUUGCAACGAAUAACUUCUUUGUGAAGCUUGGUCAAGGUGGUUUUGGAUCAGUUUACAAAGGAGUUCUACCUGAUGGGAGUGAAUUAGCUGUGAAGAAACUAGAAGGUAUUGGUCAAGGGAAGAAAGAGUUCAGAGCUGAAGUUAGCAUCAUUGGAAGCAUUCAUCACCUUAAUUUGGUAAAGCUUAAAGGAUUUUGUGCAGAUGGAACUCAUAGGCUUCUAGUUUAUGAGUAUAUGGCUAAUAACUCAUUGGAUAAAUGGAUAUUCAAGAAGAAAAAAAGUGCAUUUCUUUUGGAUUGGGAUACAAGGUUUAAUAUAGCAUUAGGAACAGCAAAAGGGCUAGCUUAUCUACAUCAAGAAUGUGACUCAAAGAUUGUUCACUGUGACAUCAAGCCUGAAAAUGUACUUCUAGAUGAUCAUUUCAUUGCCAAAGUUUCAGAUUUUGGUUUAGCCAAGCUCAUGAAUAGAGAACAAAGCCAUGUUUUUACGACACUAAGAGGAACACGUGGCUACCUUGCACCUGAGUGGAUAACAAACUACGCUAUAUCAGAGAAAAGUGAUGUAUACAGUUAUGGGAUGAUGUUGCUUGAGAUAAUCGGGGGACGGAAGAAUUAUGAUCCUAAUGAGACUUCAGAGAAAUCGAAUUUCCCUCGUUUUGCUUUUAAGAUGAUGGAAGAAGGUAAAGUGAGAGAUAUCAUUGAUUCGGAGAUGAAAAUAGAUGAUGAGUUUGAUGAUAGGGUUCACUGUGCUAUAAGUGUUGCAUUGUGGUGUAUACAGGAAGACAUGUCUAUGAGACCUUCCAUGACAGAAGUUGUUCAAAUGUUAGAGGGUCUUUGUACUGUUCCUAAACCACCAAAGUCCUCCAAUGAAGGAGAUACCUCUUCUGAUGCUUAUCUAUCAGCAGUUAGUCUUUCAGGUCCAAGAUAGCAAUAAUAGCUCUAUGUAUCUUCUUUUUUGGACUUAAAUGAACUUUUGGUCCCUCUAUAUUUAUUGAUUCA